UAGUCGCAGGGCUGUGGUGAAGCCUUUUCACCAACCUAGCAGAAGAGAGAAGGGUUACAAGCGAAAGGUAGUCGAGGAAGAGUUUUCUAAGAACGCCGUAGGAGUUUUAGAUUCCUGGUAUUUAGACUCUCUUACUUUCAGUUUGUGUCUUUGAAGUGACUUCCGCUUUGCGGCGGACACAGGCCAAACCUGUGGCGGGAGUUGGAGAUUCUGCAGCGAAUACACCAGGAUCAUCAUGCCCAGAGGUCAUGACAUAAAAAAGUCUCUUACACCUCAGAUUUCUUGUUUGACAAGUGAAUCUUAUAAACAGCUGGAUUUUUUGCCUGACAAACUAAGAGCAAAGCUGCUUCCCUUCCAGAAAGAUGGCAUCACUUUUGCCUUGAGAAGAGACGGCAGGUGUAUGGUGGCUGAUGAAAUGGGUCUAGGAAAGACAAUUCAGGCAAUUGGCAUCGCUUACUUCUAUAAGGAGGAAUGGCCACUUUUAAUCGUGGUCCCUUCAUCUCUGAGGUACCCUUGGACAGAAGAAAUAGAGAAAUGGAUCCCAGAGCUGGGUCCAGAAGAAAUCAAUGUUAUCCAGAAUAAAACUGAUGUUGGGAGAAUAUCGACCAGCAAAGUGACAGUUCUGGGUUAUGGUCUUUUAACCACAGAUGCAGAGACUUUGAUAGAUGCACUGAAUAAUCAGAACUUCAAAGUAGUUAUUGUAGAUGAAUCACACUACAUGAAGUCCAGAAAUGCAACUCGCAGCAGGAUUUUAUUGCCAGUAGUACAGAAAGCCAAACGAGCCAUUCUUCUUACAGGAACUCCAGCACUUGGAAGACCUGAAGAGCUUUUUAUGCAGAUUGAAGCUCUCUUUCCACAAAAAUUUGGAACAUGGACCGAGUAUGCCAAAAGAUACUGUAAUGCACAUGUCAGAUAUUUUGGUAAAAGACCUCAGUGGGAUUGCAGAGGGGCCUCAAAUCUUAAUGAACUUCAUCAGCUAUUAAGUGACAUAAUGAUUAGAAGAUUAAAGGCUGAAGUUUUAACCCAGCUGCCCCCUAAAAUCAGACAGCGUAUUCCAUUUGAUCUUCCAGCAGCGGCAGCCAAGGAAUUGAAUUCCAGCUUUGAAGAGUGGGAAAAAUUAAUGAGAACUCCAAAUUCAGGUGCCACCCAGACUGUCGUGGGGUUGUUUACUCGCAUGUUUAAACAAACUGCUAUUGCCAAGGCAGGUGCUGUAAAGGAUUAUAUUAAGAUGAUGCUUCGGAAUGAUUCGCUUAAAUUUCUGGUUUUUGCACAUCAUUUAAGCAUGCUCCAAGCUUGCACAGAAGCCGUCAUAGAAAACAAGACUCGUUACAUUAGGAUUGAUGGAAGUGUCCCAUCUUCAGAAAGAAUACAUCUGGUUAAUCAGUUUCAAAAGGAUCCUGAGACUCGUGUGGCUAUUCUAAGCAUUCAGGCUGCUGGUCAGCUUGAGAACUGGUGCCGCCAUUUAAUGAAUGCUAGUAUGAAGGGUUUGACAUUUACUGCUGCAAGUCAUGUUGUAUUUGCUGAGUUGUAUUGGGACCCUGGACACAUAAAACAAGCAGAAGACCGUGCUCACCGGAUUGGACAGUGCAGUUCUGUGAAUAUUCACUACCUUAUUGCAAAUGGGACUCUAGACACCCUUAUGUGGGGAAUGUUGAAUCGCAAGGCUCAGGUUACAGGGAGCACACUGAAUGGUAGGAAGGAAAAACUUAAGGCUGAAGAGGGUGAUAAGGAAAAAUGGGAUUUCCUGCAGUUUGCUGAAGCUUGGACUCCAAAUGAAAAGUCUGAAGAGCUCAGGAAUGAAAUGUUGUUCACUCAUUUUGAAAAAGAAAAACAGCAUGAUAUUCGAUCAUUCUUUUUACCAAACCCUAAGAAGAGACAGUUGGUGACCUCCUGUGAUGAAUCAAGGGUCUUCCAGGAGAAAAAUACUGUAGUACCUGCAGACCUUGGAAAAACAGCUACAAGAGAUUAUGAAAGUGAUCUUGAACCUGAAGCUAAAAAAAUGAAAUCAGUCACCACCGAUGACCACUGCAGUCCCCUGGAGGAGAAACCAUCCCAGCCCGGGCAGACCAAAGCUCCGCUCAUGGACAGGGUCUGUGAGGCCAAGGCCCAGGCCACCACUCCACCCCUUCCUGGUGAGGGCUGGCAGUGUGCUCUCUGCACCUAUAUUAAUAACUCAGUGUUACCUUGCUGUGAAAUGUGUGAGAAUCCUCAGGGCAGUGCUGAUAGCCUCCACCACACCCAGUAUAAAAACAGAAACGAGAAAGAUGAUUCUCGGAAAGACACCUCCGAAAAAAUAUGGACUAGUUCUGACGGGGAAAAACAAGUCCUUGCACAUUCAGCACCUGAACCGUUAGCUGAGAGCCAGGAAGAAGUUUCAAAAACUGAGGGUGAGGACAGACUCACACCCCAGCCAGGUGAUGAACAGUUGAAGAGUACGGACACUUUGCCAGUGUGUGAUACCUUAAUGUUUUGUGCGAGCAAGAACACUGACCGGAUUCACGUCUAUACUAAGGAUGGAAACCAGAUGAACUGUAAUUUCAUUCCUUUGGAUAUAAAAUUAGACCUUUGGGAAGAUUUACCAGCAAGCUUUCAGCUGAAACAAAAUCGCUCCCUGAUUUUGAGGUUUGUUCGAGAAUGGAGUAGUCUAACUGCUAUGAAGCAAAGGAUAAUCAGGAAAAGUGGGCAGCUGUUCUGCAGCCCAAUUCUUGCUCUGGAAGAGAUCACAAAGCAGCAAACCAAACAAAACAGUACCAGGAGAUACAUAACCAAAGAAGAUGUUGCUGUAGCCUCGGUGGACAAGGUGAACAAUGAUGGGGGCCAUGUCCGUCUGAUCACAAGGGGGUCCAGGCCAGGGGUCCCUUCUACAAAAGAAUUUUUUGAAGAUGGAGCUUGUGUCCCAUUUCUAAAUCCCAGCACAGCCCAAGCUGAUCUCACUGUGAAACCUUCUACAUCCAAAGGCUAUUUGCAAGCUGUGGAUAAUGAAGGAAAUCCACUUUGCCUUCGCUGUCAGCAACCCACUUGCCACAGUAAGCAAGAGCAUAAAGCAAAUGCUUGGGAUUCACGGUUUUGCUCUCUGAAAUGUCAGGAGGAGUUUUGGAUUCGAUCUAAUAACAGUUACCUGCGGGCCAAAGUAUUUGAAAUUGAACAUGGCGUGUGUCAGCUAUGUAAUCUGAAUGCACAAGAACUUUUUUUACGUCUGAGAGAUGCCCCUAAAAGUCAGAGGAAGAAUCUUCUGGAUCUUACCUGGACCUCAAAGCUCCCAUUAGAACAGCUUAAUGAAAUGAUAAGAAACCCAGGGGAAGGGCAUUUCUGGCAGGUGGACCACAUCAAGCCAGUGUCUGGUGGAGGAGGACAGUGCUCCCUGGACAACCUGCAGACCCUCUGCACAAUCUGUCACAAAGAGAGAACUGCAAGACAAGCCAAGGAAAGAAGUCAGGUGAGAAGACGAUCUCUAGCAUCAAAGCAUGGAUCAGACAUCACAAGAUAUUUAGUAAAGAAAUGAAGUAUCAACAUUUUUGAAUAGAAGAUUAUGGUUCGUAUGUGGAGAAUUCAACAUAAAUUAUUUUUCAUGUUAGUGUAAUUUUUUUUUAUAAAUUUAUUUUAUUUUCUUGACUGCGUUGGGUCUUUGUUAAUGCAAGCAGGCUUUCUCUAGUUGUGGCGAGCGGAGGCUACUCUUCGUUGCGGUGCGCAGGCUUCUCAUUGUGGUGGCUUCUCUUGCUGCGGAGCACGGGCUCUAGGCAUGCGGGCUCCUGUAGUUGUGGCUCACGGGCUCAGUAGUUGUGGCUCACAGGCUCAGUAGUUGUGGCUUGCAGGCUCUAGAGCACAGGCUCAGUAGUUGUGGCGCAUGAGUUUAGUUGCUCCGCGGCAUGUGGGAUCUUCGCGGACCAGGGCUCGAACCCGUGUCCCCUGCGUUGGCAGGCAGAUUCUUAACCACUGCGCCACCAGGGAAGCUCUCGUGUAAUAUUUUAAGAAUGAAAAUUUUCAGAACAAAAAUCAAGACUUCGACUUCCCUUUUCAUGUUUAAAGCUUUUUGUGUUCAGUAGCUUUUGAAAGUUUUAACAGAAAAUGAGAUACAAUACUAAAUAUUUCUAUGAUCUUGAUUUUGUGCAGACUCUCGUUUCGGUAAGGUUUUGUUAAGCUUUCAAUUCCUUUGUACCCUAAUUACAGUAUUAUGCAUAGAUUGUUUUUGAAAAAUAUACUCUCGAUUACUUGAAAAACGCUGCUGGAUUAGUAUUGGUUCUGGACUGCUGUGUGUCUAAAUGGAACAUUGUAAAACCAUAAGGGAAAUUUCAGAGGCAAAUCAUCAUUAUUUAGGAUUCUGGGCCAAUUGUGACCUGCCUGCUUAGUAUGCAAUAGAGACUCUUGUUCACUAAAUGCCUCCAAAAUGGGACUGGGGUACACAUUUUGAAUGUUGUCUUCUUUGUUUUAUUUCUUAGCCAAUUGUCUAUUGAAAAGAUGCUUUUGAAGAUAAGCUAAUUGGACCCAUGGUGUUUGUGGACAAAUUCAGGGGUUCUGGCUAAAGUAAUUGUUAAAAAUGUUUAAAAACUGAAAACAAAAUGCCACUUAAACUUCAUUUUUUAAUUAGUUUGUUUUAAUGCAUAAAUCUAGGCAUACUGUCAAAGCACCCUUUGUCUCCUGGUUACCAUUUUUUGUUCUUAAAAUCCUGUUUUAUUAAAAGUGUAUUCCUGGAACCUCUUUUAAAAGGAAUGAUGAUGAUAAAACACUUUAUACUGAAACAUGAUCAGAUGGAGAUAUAUGUUAAAGUGCAAGGGUAAUAUUAAAAUGUGACUGAUUGAUAUUCAAAAA